AUACGUUCGUUCCUUUUUUCCGAGUGUUCCGUCUUUUAUCUGGGAACGGGACUCACACUUUGAUUUGGAUUUCGGCACUUACCGCUUUCUUACCUUUUGUUUUUCUCCGACGGCUUUUCACUAAAGUUAAAUAUGGCAGAGACUCGCGGUAAUUUCCGCGGUGGAUUCGGCAGGGGAGGGUCCCGCGGCAGAGGACGUGGACGCGGUCGCGGCCGUGGCAGAGGCAAGGAAGCCGAAAAGGAAUGGGUGCCAGUUACCAAGCUUGGCCGUCUGGUAAAAGAUGGUAAAAUCUCGUCGUUGGAGGAGAUCUACUUGUUCUCUUUGCCGAUUAAGGAAUUCGAAAUUAUUGACUUUUUCAUUGGUUCUUCACUUAAUGAUGAAGUCUUGAAAAUCAUGCCUGUCCAGAAACAGACCCGUGCUGGUCAACGUACAAGGUUUAAGGCUUUUGUCGCUAUUGGUGACUCUAAUGGACACAUUGGAUUGGGUGUUAAAUGCUCUAAAGAAGUAGCAACAGCCAUUCGAGGUGCUAUAAUUUUGGCUAAAUUAUCAGUAGUUCCUGUACGACGGGGCUAUUGGGGAAACAAAAUUGGAAAACCACACACAGUACCCUGCAAAGUCACAGGAAAGUGUGGAUCAGUCGCUGUGCGUUUGAUCCCAGCUCCAAGAGGAACUGGAAUCGUCAGUGCCCCUGUUCCAAAAAAACUGUUGACAAUGGCUGGAAUUGAAGAUUGUUACACAUCUGCUCGUGGUUCCACCGGUACUCUGGGCAAUUUCGCUAAGGCUACAUAUGCUGCCAUUGCUAAGACAUACGCUUAUUUGACACCUGAUUUGUGGAAAGAUGUACCACUCAAAAAGACCCCAUAUUCCGAGUUUGCUGACCAUCUUUCAAAAUGUCACAAAGUUGUCCAGAAUAUCAGGGCAGAUGUUUAAUUUUAUGUUAAAGGCAUGAUUGACAUUGUUUUGUAUCAAAUAAAAUGAUGGAAAACCUA